AUGCACCCAGUUGGACAUCAACAACAGCGUCGUGGUAAUUCUACUCGAAUGCCAUUGAUGUACUCAACUUCUUUACCACCUGCACCAUUAUUACCAGUACCUCCUCUACCAUUACGUUAUGGUGGUGGCGGCGGCGGUGGUGGUGGUGUUGGUACAUAUCAACAAUCAGCAAGCGGAAGUGGUGGAAUGAAGCAUCAUCAACGCGGAAGUGGAAAUCGACCUGGUCGUGGAUCAAUUAUACCUCAUCGACAACAACGUCCAAUUGCUAGUUCUCGAUAUCAUCCAUAUACAUUUCGACAACCAUUACCACCUCAACAACAACAACGUUCCUAUCGUCCUGUUCAAUCAUUACCACGUACUCCUGCUGCUUUAAUGGGAACUCCACCUGGUAUGUCACAAUCCGACUAUGAAUUAAUUCAUUCUGCCCAAGUUCAACGUGAUAAAAGAAAACUUGAUGUACUCGCACCGUCAAAUACAACACAAUUUCUUAUACGUGAUCAUAAUCGACAAACACCAUCCUCCAUAGCAACGCCAACACCCACUCAUCAAACACAUACAUCUCCAGUAACUACACAAAAUCAACCAUCAUUACCUUAUGAUCAAAUGUUUGAUAUGAAUGAUGUUGAUGCACAAAGUGAUGAUGCAGAAAGCAAUCAAGAUAUUGUUUUUGGUGGUGGUGAUCCAUCAGUUGAUAGUGAUUUCAAUGAUAUUUAUUAUCAAUGUCGUUAUGAACGUUAUGCAGCAUUUAGUCGAGCAGCUUUACUUAAUGAAGUUUUAUCACUUUGUGCUAAUAUCGAUCGUUUACAACAUGAAAAAAGUGAAGUGGAAAAACGUUUACGUGAUGUACAACAACAUCUUUAUGAUCAUUCAGCUACACCUAAUGGUAGUCAACGUGUGACAAGUGAAGAUAGAACUUCAACUAAUUACGAUGAUUCUCGAACGCAAUCUCCAGCACCGAAUCAACCACAAAAUGAUUCAAAUAAUGGAGAAGAAAGUACUCCUAUAAUUGAUGAACUACAAGCAUCAACAUCAUCGCAACCAAUUCCAACUGAACAAACGGAAAUAAAUGAACCAUUAGUAGAAGAAAAUCCAUCGGAAACUAAUGAGCAUGAACAACAAAUUGUUCAUGAUUAA